AAGAUGGGUUGGUUUGUGUUCUCUGAUUCGGACGGUCCAGGUUGAUUGCCUUUCGCAAGCCUACCAAGGGGCGAGUCCCGGAGCAAACAGCGGGCACUCUCUCCACCUUUCUCCAAUUGCAGCGCGUGCCGGGGCCUUUCAUGUCCUGUUCUUUCCUUUGGUAACUUUUCGUUACAGAAGGCAAAAACCCUCUCUGAUCCGACCACAAAGGCGUGAAACAAGGCUUUUUCUCUGCAGUAGAAGCUUCGGAAUCUGGUGUUUCUUCUCUCCUCCGCUCCCCAAAACUCCGUUAAAAUACUUUCGCGGUAUUCCAUCAUCCUGACUCUCUUCAUCUUUCAUGCCAUUAAGGGGCAUCUCCAAUGUCCAUGAAGAUUUUCUGUUAGCAGAGGAGGAAGAGGAAUGGAGGCUGCUUUUAGCACGCAGAUAUUAGCUGAGAAGCUAUCUAAACUCAAUAAUUCUCAACAAAGCAUUGAAUCUUUAUCACAUUGGUGCAUCAAUAAUCGGAAGAAAGCUCGGCAUAUUGUUGAGAUCUGGGAGAAAUUGUUCAAUAGUUCUCCUAAAGAACAAAAGGUUCCCUUUUUGUAUCUUGCAAAUGAUAUUCUUCAGAAUAGUAGGCGCAAGGGAAGUGAGUUUGUUAAUGAGUUCUGGAAGUUGCUUCCUGGUUCUUUAAAAGGUGCAUAUGAAAAUGGCGAGGAAAACAUAAAGAAUUCCGUGAUGAGAUUAGUGGACAUAUGGGAUGAACGAAAAGUUUUUGGAUCUCGUGGCCGAGGGCUGAAAGAUGUCAUUCUUGGUAAUGCACCACCUGUUCCACCUCCGUUGUCAGAAAACAAUGGGAAGAAUUCCAAUCCCAUUAAAUUAGUGAAGAAAGAUGCUCAUUCUGUGAGAAUAAAACUAGCCGUCGGGGGAAUGCCUGAAAGAAUUGUAACUGCAUAUCAAGCUGUUCUGGAUGAGCAUUUUGAUGAAGACACGGCAUUGAACAAAUGCAAGUCUGCUGUUUGUGCUCUGGAGAACAUGGAGAAGGAAGUUAAUGAUGCCUAUGCCCUGGGUAGUCAACAUGGACUGUCUUUGAUAGUUGAGCUCAAAGAGCAGGAGCACGUUUUGAAACAUUGUAUUGAGCAACUUGGGCAAGUUGAAGCUACCAGGGCUUCCCUAGCUGCUCAGUUGAAGGAAGCCCUGCAAGAGCAGGAAUCAAAAUUGGAUCUUAUACGCAGUCAAUUACAGGUUGCUCACUCAGAGGCAGAGAAUGCCGUUAACAUGAGGCAGAAGCUCGCAUCCAUGCCCGGUACAACAGGCCCUUUUGCAUCUGUAAACAUGACAACCAUCUCAAUGGCUCCACAAGCAGAGACUUUGCUAGCAACACCACCCAUGCAGCCACCGCCUAACCCACAGCCUGUAACUUCUUCCUUAAAUUCCAUAACCAGCGUUGAAGACGAGCAUAAGAAAGCCGCCGCCGCUGUUGCUGCGAAACUCGCCUCUUCUACUUCCUCCGCUCAGGUCCUGACGUCCAUUCUCUCAUCCUUGGUUGCUGAAGAAGCCGCUUCGAUGAAUGGAGGCCGAAGCUCAGGAUUUAUCCCCUCUAAUAACCCUUUGCUUCCCCCAGAUAAAAGACCAAAGCUUGAGAAACCAAUGCCUAUUACAGACAUGAACAGCAAAUAUUUUGGCCAUAUCACAUCACAACAUCAACAUCCCAACACAACCAUUCAGCCAACAUCACAGAGCACUCAACCAAUGCAGUCUUUCCCAACACAACCACCACCUCUACCUUCACUUCCCCUACCACAACCUUACAUGCAGAGCAGUGGGGUAUUGAUGAAUACUGUGGUGCCAUUUGGGUUUAAUGGUAGUCAUCUGCCACCUCCGCCACCUUUUUCCGUGCAUGCAUCAAUUGGAAUGAUGAGACCAAAUGGUCUGGCCCAACCACCGCCCCCGGCAACACCACCGCAACCGAAACAACAACAGCAGCCUCAGCAACAGCCAACCACUGGCGGGUUUUUUUCGUCUUCUGGAAUCGGAUUCUAUGGGCCGCUCCCGACAGCACCGCCAGUCCCGCGCCAAUAAUUCACCCAAAGAUUCUGAGUGUAUAUUUGUAGUAUUAUAUUUUUGGUUAAUUUAAUAUUUGCAUUUCAUGCUUGUGUUGGGUACAGGAGCAAAGUGGUUAGUUCUCAUUACCUGCUGUUGAGGCAGCAUCCAGAUAAGAAUCUACUAAUGAGAAGUAAAAGGUUUGCGUUGUCCUUUGAUAUCACUGAAUGUCUAAAUGUAUUGUAGUGUAGUCUUAUUAUGAUAGGGUUAACCCUUUUUCUCACCUAUAAUAUUGAAUGUUUUGCUGUAUCUUAGGGAAAAUAAUUUCACAUUUGUAUGAAAUUAUUAUGUCCAUGCAAUCAGAGGUUCGGUUUAUCAUCUCCUUU